AUGAAACGCUUCCCAGAAGGCAUUCAGAAGGAGAAGACAAGAACCAAGAAAGCCCUGGGAUCGCUCACUUUUGGCUCAGAGUCAUCUUCAUCUUCCAGACCUUCCCCUCCUUUGGACAAGGAGAGGGAAGAUUCUACAACGAGAGACUUCCUUGACAGAAUAUUAAUUUCUUUUCAGGGUUUAAACUUGACCAUCAUACCUUCAACCUUUGAAGAGAAAUACGAUCCAAAAGAGUAUGAUAACCCUGGAGAUUUUGCAAUUGCAACAGCACGUGGUAAGGCAGAAGAAGUUGCCAAGAGAGUGAGAGAUGACAUUUCCAAUAAGUUUGUGGUCAUUGGUGCUGAUACUUGCAUCAGUCUUGAAAAUCAAGUGUUUGGUAAACCUAAAGACCAUGAAGAUGCAUUUAAGAUGCUAAGUUUGUUUAGUGACUGCAGUCAUAAUGUUGUUACUGGAGUGUCAGUGCUGAUACAAGAAGGAGAAACAUGGAAUGAAAUCUCCUUCUGUGAAACAACAACUGUAAAAUUUGGCAAAUUGGUGGAUGAGGAAAUUGAUGCCUACAUUGCAACAGGAGAACCUAUGGACAAGGCUGGUGGCUAUGGAAUUCAAGGUCUAGGAGGUACCCUUGUGGAGUCUAUUGACGGAGACUAUUAUAAUGUAAUGGGGUUUCCACUCCAUAGAUUUUGUUGUCAUAUGGCUGCUGCUAUAGAGAAAGUCACGAGCUAGAUAUCUUUAUAAAUGAUGUGUUACUUUGUAGGUAAAGUACCAUAAUAGUAUCACCUUACCACUAAAUUUAAAAGAAAAUAAAUUUCACAAAUAGAAUGAAAGUUUUGUAUCUGUACUGUAUGUGCUUUAUUUAUUGAUAAUGAGUGAAUACUUUUUACUUGCUUUAUUAUUUAAUGCCAGUUUGCUAACAUAAUUACUUUCAAUUUGUUAUUAUUUUAUAUCCUUGCCAACUCCUUUUUUGUUCAGAAUGAUAGCACAGGCAACUGUUGCUAUACAGGUGGGUUAAGUUUCAUAAAAGAGCCCCAUCUACUGAUUAAAAUUUGAAUUAAACCUACAAUUAACUAAAGAUUAAAAGGAAACUGAAUUAUUUAAGGAAAUGAAAUAAAGUAAUGUCAUAGAAAACAAUACAGUUUGGAAUAAAACAGCAGAAAAGACUGCACAAUCACCAAUUCCAAUCCAUCAACUUUAAAGCAUGUAUCUUAAUUAGGACAUUAAAAAAGAAGUAUAAAAUAACUAAAGCUAAAGAAAUUAUAAAAAAAGAGAAUG